UGUUUUCCAGUUUUCUGUCUUUUCCACAGCUUGAUAUUCUGCUGAAUGGUCACGUUAUACAAGAGUUGUCAACGAUUGUUCAUAUUUCUCAAGCCAGGACAAUGGGGAAACACAUCUGUGAGAAACUAAGGGAAACCUUACCCAAACAAUUGUUCCAGAUUGCAAUACAAGCUGCUGUUGGAGGAGAGAUCCUCGCACGAACCAAUAUAAAAGCCAUGCGGAAAGAUGUCCUCGCCAAAUGUUAUGGAGGCGAUAUAUCAAGAAAGAUGAAGCUGCUGAAACGUCAGGCCGAGGGGAAAAAGCGGAUGAAGAUGUAUGGUAAUAUUGAAAUACCGAGGGAAACAUUCAUUAACAUUUUAAAAAGAUAACCUAAGUUGUUCAGUUUGCAACAACCCUUCAAAAUGACAUUUGGAUAAGCUACUUU